AUGAGCAACGACGAGCAACAGCAAAACGCCGAGACGAAGCCCGAAGAGGUGCCGCUCACCGAGCCGACCGAAGCCGCUCCGGAAGAGCCGAAGCCGAAGAAAAACUGGUUCACCUGGGGUAAGAAGCCAAAAGCGGCCGCCGAUGUGACCGAUGAGGCGAACGUCGAGAAUGGCGACGAAGGCAAGAAGGAGAAGAAGACGUGCUGGUGGAAGAAGUGCUCGAAUAAGGGCGAAAACGCCCAGAAAGACGAGAACAUCUCGAUCGGCAUCGAUUUGGUGCAUCGCGACGAGCGCCAAAUCAACAAUCACGUCCAAUUCGAUUUCGGCGACGUUUAUGGCGAAGCCGAUUCGCAGCAUUCAUGGGAUUGCGUCUGGCGUCUGAAUUACAAAGUGUUCAGCUGGACGCGUUUGGUCGUCUACAGACUCCUCGGACUCAUCGCGUUGCCGUUCACCAUCUUGUUCGCGAUUCUCUUCGGCGUCGUCUCAUGCUUCAACGUCUUCCUCGUCCUACCGCUCGUCAAGCUUCUCUCGAUACCCGGAAACGGUCUCGCCAAGAUUUGGCAUUGGCUCAUUCACGCCGUCUUCGAUCCGCUCGCCUCAUCCAUCGGAUUGUUGUUCUCGUCAUUCACCAUUCGCAAGUACGGCAUCAAUCAGGAGACGACGGCGCCAUGCGUUUAA